AUGAAGGUCAUAAAGGCAGAGGUGAGCUGCAGAGUUGAAGAGCUUCAACUGCAGGAGCUUGCAGCCACCAUGCGGAGCUUCGGCGAACUGCAGCCGCCGGAGCGGCCUUUGUCUGAAGCCGCAGCCUAUGCUUCGUUGCGGCGGCUGGGCCCCGAAGACGGCCAGGUGGUGGACAUCAUGCUAUCAGGGCUGGCACAGCUCAAGGACGUUCAUCUUGUCCUUUCCUAUCUGGAUAACUUGCAGGUUGUGCCUGGUGGUGCGAAGGGGCUUGGACCGCUUCUGGCGCACAUGGCCCGUGGCUUGGAACACCUCGGGCAGGUGGGGCCUUGUUCCAGUUCAAGUUUGAUUGUGCAGCGGCCAGCUGGACUUGGUCACGCCGCCCUCUCUGCGGCCGCUCUGGAGCUUGCUGUGACUGGCGAGGCGCAGCCGGCGCUCUAUGGCUGGUGGAGCACUUGGCGCGAAGCCCGCACAGAGGCAGGCUAUGCCUCGGGUUUGGCCCAGAGCGUGGCUCCGGGCUGUGUCUAUUUGGUCGGGGCAGGGCCCGGAUCUGUUGGUCUUCUGACGCUGAGGGCAUUGGAGGUGCUGCGCUCCUGCGAUGUGGUGCUUCAUGACCGGCUGGUGCCCCAAGAGGUGGUAGAUCUUGCGAAGCCAGGGGCAGAAGUCCGCUACGUUGGCAAAGGCACCACCGACAGCACAGCCAAGAUGAAGCAGCAGCAGGACGACAUCUCUGGGCAACUGGUGGCCCUGGCGAAGACCGGCAAGUCCGUGUGUCGCCUGAAGGGAGGUGAUCCCAUGAUCUUUGGCCGAGUGGGAGAGGAGAUGGAGGAGUUGUCAGCUGGAGAGGUGCCGUUUGAAAUUGUGCCGGCUGUCACCGCCUGCCUUGCUGCGGGGGCGGAUGCCCGGAUCCCGCUGACCUUCCGGAACUGUGCGACGGCUUUGAGGGUGCAGACCAUGAACCCAUCCACCAUCAAGGAUGAGAAGUUCGACUGGUCGCAGUUUGCGGUUCCUGGCACCACCUUUGCACUCUACAUGGGGCUGAGCGUGGUGGAGGGCGUUGCGGCGAAGAUGAUGGCUGCAGGUGUGGCUCCUGCCACCCCCAUGGCACUGGUGGACCGUGCAUCCCUUCCCGAGAUGCAGGUGGUGACGGGGACUGUGGAGACCUUGCCUGCAGCAGUCAAGGGCCGCACCGACUUGCCUGGGCCGGCGCUGAUCCUUCUGGGCGAAGUGGUCGCACUCAGAGAACGUAUUGCAGGGCUUCGUCCACCUGCAGCUUCGAGGCCAGAGACCUCGUUAGCUUCACUCAUGCCGUCCGUGGCAUCAUUGAGUGAUGAGCAGCUCAGGCAGCUUGGCCAACACGUCGGAGAGAUGCUGAGCCAACGCGCCAAGCGCAAAUGUCCCGAGGCAUCAAGCUCCUGA